AAAAUACACACGGAAACACGUAGACCGUUACCUGCUCCGUCUAUUGAAUCUUCUUCUCCCUUAGUCACCAAGACUAGCAGGUAGCAGCUUGUCUACUUCAGCAGCAGUCAUUCGCCAUAGAUGCACGAAAUAGACCUCCACGAUCUCUCCGACGACGCCGAUUACGCUGCUUCUAUGCAUCAAGGUUCGACGAGCAUGACUACGACUGGUAGCAGUAAACCGAGUUCAUCCAGUGAACAAGUUGGUGUUGAAAUAGUGUAUUUGAAAGAUAAUGUGGCAAUACACCCAACUCAACAUGCAUGGGAGAGGAUCAGGGGUCGGCUGAAGCUGAUCAAGCAAGGAAGUUCUCUGUUAAUGACUUGGAUUCCAUAUAAAGGGCAAAGCUCAAGUGCAAGGCUGUCUGAAAAAGAUAAGAGUCUCUAUACAAUAAGAGCAGUGCCUUUCUCGGAUAUUAGGUCAAUCCGUAGACACACUCCUACAUUGGGUUGGCAGUAUGCUAUUAUAGUUUUGUCGUCAGGACUAGCAUUUCCUCCACUUUAUUUUUACAAUGGUGGUCUCAAGGAAUUUCUUGCAACGAUUAAGCAACAUGCAUUUCUUGUGAGGUCUGCUGAAGAUGCAAAUAUAUUUCUUGUCAAUGAUUUCCAAGAUCCGCUCCAGAGAACUCUCUCUUCCUUGGAGCUUCCGGGGGCCGUCUCUGUUGCAAACAGUCCAAUUUCAUCCGUUGCACCCAGUGAAUCUUCACCCAGUUGGACAGACGGAGGAGCCCCUGAUAAGAGCUCCACAUAUAUUCAACAAAAUGGCAGUCAAAGACAAAAACAUAAUGAUCCUCGACAUUUUUCUAUUCAAGUACUGGAGAAAUUUUCUCUUGUCACCAGAUUUGCUCGUGAAACAAAGUCUCAACUUCUUCGUGAAGCUCGUGGUGAUGGUUUCAUUUCUAAUGCAAGGAGGAAGCAUGACAAAAAGCUAAAUAAUUAUUCUUUUGUUGUUGAAUCUAAUGAUGUUCAUGAGCCGCUUGCAGAUGUUCCUGUGCCUGCAGAUUCUUUGGAGAAAUGUUCUAAUGAAAAAAAUAGUCACAAUGAAGAAGCGGUAUUGCGUGAUGAAACUUUUGAGUAUGACAAAUUGUCGUUAGUAUGGGGAAAACCGCGCCAGCCUCCGUUGGGAUCAAAAGAGUGGUCCACCUUUUUGGACUCUGAAGGGAGGAUCAUAGACUCUCAGGCACUAAGAAAGAGGAUCUUUUAUGGAGGAGUGGAGAAAGGUCUGAGGAAAGAGAUCUGGAGAUUUCUGUUGGGAUGUCAUUCGUAUGAUUCAACGUAUGCUGAGAGGAAAUACCUUGCAUCUAUCAAAAAGUCAGAGUAUGAGACAUUGAAGAACCAGUGGAAGAGCAUCUCUAAAGAGCAGACCAAAAGAUUUACAAAAUUUCGAGAAAGAAAGGGUCUUAUUGAAAAAGAUGUGGUCAGGACUGAUAGGUCGAUUCCAUUCUAUGAGGGGGAUGAUAAUUCUAAUGUGAAGUGUUUGCGUGACAUACUGCUCACUUACUCAUUCUACAACUUUGACCUGGGUUACUGCCAGGGUAUGAGUGAUUUUCUUUCACCAAUAUUGUAUGUGAUGGAAGAUGAACCAGAAUCAUUUUGGUGCUUUGUGGCAUUGAUGGAGCGGCUUGGACCAAAUUUUAACCGUGACCAGAACGGAGUGCAUUCUCAGCUUUUUGCAUUGUCAAAGGUUCUCUCUCUCUCUCUCUCUCUCUCUCUCUCUCUCUCUCUCUGUUUAAUCACAUUUUAUUCUACUACGAAGCCACUCGACAAAUCUUGGCAUGUGUUGGGGCUUGGCUACAAUCCAAGCAUAAGCAUGGAUGAAAUCAAUAAUGCUGCAGUUGUCCACUUUAAUGGGAAUAUGAAGCCAUGGCUUGAUAUUGCAAUGAACCAAUUUCGGCCUCUUUGGACAAAGUAUGUCGAUUAUGAAAAUGAGUACGUGCAGGCAUAUAAACUCCUAAAGGCAGCGGCUUUAAAUGUCUUCUUCCAGAUGCUUAUGAUGAAGUCAUCAAUCAUUACAUUCAUUGUGAACUGGUACUUAGAUGAGCACCGGCACAAUGGGCAGAUGAGAAGUAUCAAUGUUUAG